GCUAAACUCAUGUCAAGCCCAAAACGCAAGAAGGGCCAAGGGCCGAGGCUGCAGCCUGCAUACUACGCAUGUAUACGCUGGUAGCAUCCACAUCUCAAUCGAUCAACGAUGAACGACACGCACGCGACUAGCUUCCUGGAGACCUGGACUCUUUCGUCCGCGACGCGCCGCUAGCCGCUGGCGCUAGGGCUUCAUUGACGCCGGCCGCCGGGCGUCGCGCCGCCGUGUUUCGCCCGUCGUCGAUUGCUGAUUCGCGAAGCUGCCGCCGACCGCGCAUCAAUCCAGUACAGGCAGCCGCACGGAAUCGCCACAAUCCCACACCGAAUUCCUAACUGAUCCUGUCCCGUGAUCAGAGAAGGAGGUAUUAUUGUCAGGUUCAUACUACUCGUCAGUUUGAUUCAAUAAAUCAAUUGAUCAACUGUUAGUACUUACUACUUAGUGGUUAGUGACUUAGUAUAUUUUGGCACUUGUCACAUCAAUUCCAGAUUACAUAUCUGCUUUGUACUUAUAUAAGAACUGCAUAGGUCAUGAGGAAGAAGAAGACACCACCGAUAAGUAAUUUUUUCAAGCCAAUUGCUUCAAACUCUACAGUUGAAAAUGCAAAUGCAACCGUGGAGGUCGAUGUCACAGAGCAACCCACUGAUAACAGUGUCCCCAAUCUCAGUUCAGUUGAUAUGCCACCCCCCAAGCAAAAUAUUGAGGCAUCUGUAGAAGUAGAAGUUCUAGAACAACAAAGAAUCGGAAGCACACCAUUCGAGUGAGACCCUGGAAAGCGCAAACAGAUUUGGGAACUCCCUCUUGAUAAGCAAAAUGAAGCACGCCAAUUCUAUAUUUCUGAAGGCCGAUACAUGCCAUACAUGAGAGAGUAUCCAUAUAAUGAUGAUCCACCAAAACAUCGUCGGCGUUUCUAGUACAGUUGGUUCAAGGAUUUUGAAUGGCUUGAGUUUUCACCUUACACAAAGCGUGCAUAUUGCUUCCAUUGUUUCCUCUUCUCAAGAAAGCCGAUUGGGAAGUGCGACUCAGAAACAUUUACUGUUUUGGGCUUUGAUAGGUGGAAGAAGGUGAAUAAUGGGAAAGAGUGUGCUUUUUUAACUCAUAUGGGUAAAGAUGCUGGUUCAGCCCAUAACUUCUCAGUUUGUUGUUAUGAUAAUUUCAAAAACAGCAUGACUCAUAUUGAUAAGGUGUAUGGGAAAGCAACCGCAAAAACAAUUUUAGAUGCAAGGCUAAGGCUCAAAGUUACAAUUGAUUCCAUCCGGUAAGCAAUAUUUUUCUUCCAUCUUAUGUUACAAUAAUUAAAAUAUUAUAUCUUGUAGUAUCCUAACAAAACAAUUAUAUGACAUGAUGCAGGUGGUUAACAUUCCAGGCUUGUGCUUUUAGAGGGCAUGCUGAAUCUCCGGGAUCCAUUAACCGGGGUAAUUUCCUAGAACUCGUAAAACUUUUGGCUUCUUAUAACAAGGAGGUGAAAGAUGUUGUCUUGGAAAAUGCUCCUGGAAACGCAAAGUACACAUCUUAUCAGGUUCAAGAGGAAAUUCUUGCUAUACUUUCUCGAAAGGUGCAAAGAACAAUUAGAGAAGAAAUUGGUGAUAGCAAAUUUUGUAUAAUGGUUGACGAAGCUCGCGAUGAAUCCAAGAAAGAGCAAAUGGCGUUGGUCCUCCGGUUUCCUGACACUGAAGGUACAUACAGGAGCGUUUUGUUGAUGUCAUUCAUGUGAAUGACACUCUUGCAUUGACUCUCAAGGAGACAAUUUGCACUGUUCUAGCAGAUAACAAUUUAAAUGUGGAAGAUAUCAGAGGUCAGGCCUAUGACGGGGCCAGUAAUAUGCGAGGGGAGUGGAACGGAUUGAAGGCUUUAAUUCUGAAGGCGUGCCCUUAUGCAUAUUACAUUCGUUGUAUGGCGCAUCAGCUUCAAUUGGCCCUUGUUGCAGCAUCACGAGAGGUACAUGAAGUGCAUAAUUUUUUUCAACAUGCCAAUUUUGUCAUAAAUGUUGUUAGUGCUUCACCUAAACGCAAUGAUGAGUUACUAGCAAAUCAAGCCACCGAAAUUGCACGUGAAAUUGAACUGGGGGAUCUUGAUACGGGAAAAGGGGCAAACCAGAUAGGUUCUUUACAGAGACCAGCAGACACUAGAUGGAGUUCGCACUUCAAGUCAAUUCGGAGCUUGAGGAAGAUGUUUGGUGCCACAAUUACAGUCCUACGAGGUAUAGCGAAUGAUCAUUCGGUGACACAAUAUUCCCGUGGAGAUGCUGGAGGCGCCCUAAGGAUAAUUGUUUCUUUUGAUUUUGUGUUCAUUUUGCACCUCAUGGAGAGGAUUAUGAAAAUCACAGAUGUCUUGUGCCAAACACUCCAGAAGAAAUCUAUGGACAUUUUGAAUGCAUUAGAUACACUCUCUAACACUAAGGUGCUCCUCGCUGAUCUAAGAGAGGAAGGAUGGGAACCUCUCAUAGAGGAGGUUAAGACCUUUUGUGUGAAGCAUGAAGUUGAGAUCCCCGAUAUGAGUCGCAAGUAUGUUGAUGUGACUAAGUCUCGGAAUACACAUAAUAACAUCACGAUGCUUCACCACUACAAAGCAGAUGUGUUCAAUGUGGCGAUAGAUCAACAACUGGUUGAGCUAAAUGACCGUUUUAGCGUUCAGACAACAGAGCUAAUGACACUCUGUGCAUCCUUGGAUCCAAGGCAUGACUCGUUUGACAUAUCAAAGAUUUGCAUGCUUGUGGACAAAUUCUAUCCAGCGGAUUUUUCUAGUCAAGAGCAGGCUCGCCUGGAGUCACAACUUCCACACUAUCAGUUAGAUGUUUGCAACCAUCCAGAGCUGAAUUCUUCGUCAUCACUGGCUGAUUUGACCGUUGCAUUGCAUAAAACAGGUAAAGCCUCUGUGUAUCCAAUGGUUGAUAGAUUAUUGCGCUUGGUCAUCACUCUCCCGGUGUCAACUGCAACUGCGGAGAGAGCUUUUUCAGCAAUGAAGAUUAUCAAGACACGUCUCCGAAGUAAAAUGGGUGACGAUUUUCUUCGACCUUACAUGGUUGUAUACAUUGGGAAGGAAAUAGCUGCAAAGUUCAAUGUUAAUGAGAUUAUUGAUUUGUUUGAUCGACCGGCUGGGGGGCGUAGAUCUGCAUUCAAACUAGUAGAAAUUUGGACGAAGCCUAUUGUAGGCCAUCUGGAGGUGGAAUGGGAGCCGUAUGGAAGAGGGGAUAGUUUUGGUGACCCUAUAGAGUUCAGGUAUGCCCAGAUCAAGAAAGCAGCUGAUGAGACCGAGACUAUUUUGGAAACAAUCCCAGUUGGGAAAAGCGAUGGGGAAGCGCCAGGGCCAAAAGUUAAGGUUCCUGAUGAUAUGACCUUGGGGACCUAUCAAGUUCGGUCAGCAUACGAGUUAAAGCCUAGGAAGGUAAUCAAUAAAUACACACCUGAAGACUUCACCCAAAGAGGCAAAAGGACGGUCGACACCUCGCGGAUGGCAGCUUUAGAUGACUAUGUGGAUGACGGGGAGGAACCGGAGCCGGAGCUGGAGCAUGUUGCUCUUCCUAGGAAGGAGAAGAAGAUAGCCAACAGGAGGGGGUAG